UUUGAAAAUUUACAAAUUAGCCUUUCUCCCCAAAUUCACCGAAUCCAUACACGUCACAGAACGCGCAUAAACCGACCUCCCGAUCCCUAGUUGGUUAGUACCUUUCUUUUUACCCCAAAUUGAAACCCCAAACCCUUAGCAGUUAGGCUCAGCCCCAGCGCCUGAUUUCCAACAGUUGACGUUCAAAGAUGGAUCGACACGAAGAGCAAGAGCAUGAGGCGUACGGGAGUGAUUUCCCUGACGAGGGAGAGAUGGACGCCGAUAUCGACAUGUCUUCCGGGGCUCUAGAAGACGAGGACCAUGGCCCUAACUCCAAGGAUUUGGAGGACAUGAAGAAGAGACUGAAGGAGAUUGAAGAAGAAGCUGGCGCUCUCCGUGAAAUGCAGGCCAAGGUUGAGAAGGAGAUGGGAGCUGUGCAAGAUUCCCCAAGUGGUUCUGCAACUCAAGCUGAAAAGGAAGAAGUGGAUUCUCGUUCAAUUUAUGUUGGUAAUGUAGACUAUGCCUGUACGCCUGAAGAAGUGCAGCAGCAUUUCCAAUCCUGUGGAACAGUUAACAGAGUGACAAUCUUGACUGACAAGUUUGGUCAGCCAAAAGGAUUUGCUUAUGUUGAAUUUGUUGAAAUUGAUGCUGUUCAAAAUGCUCUGUUAUUAAAUGAAUCAGAACUACAUGGCCGUCAGUUAAAGGUCUCUGCUAAGAGAACCAACAUUCCUGGAAUGAAGCAAUAUCGAGGAAGGUUCCCCAAUCCUCAUGGCUUCAGAUCUCGAAGGCCAUUCAUGCCUGGUCCUCCCUUCUAUCCUCCUUAUAGUUAUGGGAGGUCUCCAAGGUUCAGGCGGCCCAUGCGAUACAGACCAUACUAAUGAGCAGCUGUCACCAAUUUAAGUAGACCAUCUCUCAUCAAUGAGGAUGGUCGUUUCAACACUGUGGGUAUACAAGGGACUGAAAGACGUGUAUCAUCAUUUGCAUGGCGAAGGCCAGUCUGAUUUUUCUUAAUUAAUAAUUUUCCGAGUGCUUGAUUCUUGUGCAUCAACUUUUACUUGUUUUAUAGAGGAUAAAGGGGGCGCCAGAUGUUCGAAUGUUGUGUUUUUCUUUUCCUCUAUUGAUUUUUUACCCUUUUGAUGUAUUUAGAAUUCAUGAUGUAAGAUCUAAAGCUUCUGGGUGAGGGUUGAAACUUUGGGGAUUUGUAAUUGACCACUCUAUGCAUUUAUAGUUCAGGAAUCAUAGUAGCAUGUUAGUUAUGUUACAGUUCAUUUGUGAGCCUGUGGCAAUUUGUUGCUAUGGUUUCUACUUAAUCCAAGGUUAUUUGCUGAGGACUA